UACGAGAUACAGCCUCAACUCAUUCCUCUCGUCCAUGCUCUGCUCCAGUAACCAAGUCCAGUCCCGGCCCCUAUUUCAGCCACCGUUAUAAUGCCUCCCAGAGCCCCCAAGGGCGAGUACAUUGAAACCGACACGGGAAAUAAAAUCUCUCGCCGGUCCAUUAUCCAUGGGACCCAACAUAUCAUGCUUGGCGGAAAGACCGUCAUCCAAUCCGACGCCGUGAUAAGAGGGGACUUAUAUCGACUGCAAGCACCCUCAUCCGAUCCCCAGCAACAGCAACAGCAUAUAAACACACCUUCGAUAGCCAUCAACAUCGGCCGCUACAGCUAUAUAUCCAAACAGGCCAUUCUCCGUCCUCCGUCACGGUUACAUCGAGGGGUGCAUUCUUUCUUCCCGCUCAAGAUAGGCGACCAUGUCUUCGUGGGUGAGAGGGCCGUUGUCGAGGCUGCCACCAUCGGAAAUCAUGUGCAUAUCGGCAAGGAGGCGGUGAUUGGGAGUAUGGCUAUCUUGAAGGAUUUUGCCUAUGUCUUGGAUGGUGCGGUUGUGCCGCCUGGGAUGGUCGUGCCGAGCUGGUGCGUUGUAGGUGGGAGACCCGCUCGGAUUGUCGGUGAGGUUGGAGAAGGAUAUGGCGUGGAGGGAGCUGAGGGAGGCUUGGCUAGGGAGAGGUAUCGAUUGGUUGGGAAGUGAAUAGUGCCUGGGAACUUCUGAGAUGGAAUGUUGGCUCUCUGUAUAAUGGUCUGACGCUCAUGAUAAUGAUUAAUAUAAAAUAUACCCCCUGUAUAUAAUAACAUGACUGAAAUAAUAAAUGGAUUUAUU